GGAUCUGAAUUUUAAGUGAAUAUACUCCUACUUUGCAUUCUCUCUCUCUAAACUUCACAUAAUUUAAUAUAUUCGGUGGUUUAUAGCCAUCAAAUUGGUGCUUUCAUUGAGGACAGAGAAACAUACUCGUAGGUUAACUCCCGGAAGCGAGAAUGGUGCAAACAAGGAGCAACAUCCCCACCACCAGCCACGUCGUCGGUGAGGAGAACGGCCCGAGCAACGGAAAUGGCACAGGAGGGAUUACCUCGGCUCUUGACGCGGUCCAGGCAUUGUUCGGUAUGGGGGUGACCGCAGAGCAACUCCAGGCUGCCGUAGCGGCCCUCUCUGCCAUCGGCGAGCGCGGGGGUGGACCCGGCACCGAAGCUACCCAGGCUCCGCACGGUCCCAAUAUCGAACACAUUACCAGCACAAGGGGAAGAAGACCCGAAGGAGCAGGAGGAUGCCUGGAAAGGCUCCCAUGAUUGAGGAGCAACGCCGGCGGAAUUUGUAACGGCGGUUCUUCGACCCUAAUUUCAAUUCCCUCGAUUGUCAAGGGUUCAACGGCUAAUGAAUCUGAAAUUGAUGACUUUACAAUAGAUGGUAAUACAACCACCAAGAAAAGUCAUGACGAGGAUUGAUGGAACAAAGAUGAUGAAGCUGAGAGCGAUGAACUUGAAGAUGUAGACAAUGACGAACAUUUAAGCUUUGUACUAUAUCUUCCAUAUCAUAUCAAUACGCAUUUUAAUUUAGUUCACCUUGACUGUUUAUACUUUAGCUUGAAACAUACCCAAAUGAUGAACUAAUUUUGAGAUGUUGGUUUACUUUCUAUUAAAUGAGUUAUUUGUAA